AUGGCAAAGAACAUCGACCUUUUUGAACAACUUACGACCCGAAUCGGACGUCUGCGGAUGAGAAGAUGUGGCCCAACACCAGUUUUGACUAUCUUCGUCGCUUACGCUCCAACAUCAAGCUAUGAAGAAGAAGAAGUCUUCGAAGCUUUCUAUAUGGACCUGGAGAAGUUCUACCAAGAAGAUCAUGCAUUCUACAAGGUCAUAAUUGACGAUUUCAACGCCAAGAUUGGCUCAAGAAGAACGUCUGAGGAACUUCACAUCGGGACCCACGGCCUACAAUGGAAUGAACAAGGGGAGAGGCUCUUCGAGUCAAUCAUGACGACUAAGACCGUCCAUGGGAACUCGCAAUUCCAGAAGCCCUCUUCUAUAUGCUGGACGUGGGAGUCACCCGGUGGAGGGUACCGUAAUGAAAUAGACUACAUCAUUGUCAAUAAAAGGUUCUGCCUGACGGACGUCGCUGUUGUACCAAAGUUCUAUACGGGAUCGGACCAUCGCCUCCUCCAAGGAAGAUUUUCCUUCACAAAAAGAGAAGAGAAAGCCGCCAAGUUCAGAGAGCGAAAUCCCAGAACUAUCAUCAACUGGGAUCUCUUAGCUACGCUAGCCGGCUUUUGGGAAGACUCCGCAAUGGACGAGGAAUAUGACUUGCUCGUUGAACACCUUCACGACUGCGCAAAGAAGGCUGAGAGUUUUAAAACCACCAAGAGAUGCUUCUCUCUUGAAACUCUUGAGCUGUUACGCCAGCGUGGAGCAGCACGAGCCGCAGGGAACCAAGAACUCACGUCCGGGCUCGCAAGGCUUUGCAGAGAGGCGAUAAAGGAAGACCUUAAAGGCAGCGUACCACGAAUCUGA